AUGCGCCGUGUCCUUCGCUUGCUCCUCGGCUGUUGCCUGACCGAGCUGUGCGCCCGCGUGUGCCGGGCGCAGGAGCGAGCAGGGCAGGGGCAGCUCCACCAGCAGCAGCAGCAACAGCAGCAUCAACACCUGGACAACGUGGUGGUUCUGUCCGGGGGUAACCGCUCGGGAGCCGGGGAGCCUGGGGAAGCCGCCGGAGCUUCAGAGGCGGCCCCAACCAAAGCUCCUACGCCAGACUCCUGCCGAGGCUACUUCGAUGUCAUGGGACAGUGGGACCCUCCGUUUAACUGCAGCUCUGGGGACUUCAUCUUCUGCUGCGGCACUUGUGGCUUUCGCUUUUGCUGCACGUUCAAGAAGAGGCGCCUGAAUCAGAGCACCUGCACCAACUACGACACGCCACUCUGGCUCAACACGGGAAAACCCCCGGCCCGCAAGGACGACCCCCUGCAUGACCCAACCAAGGACAAGACUAACCUUAUUGUCUACAUCAUUUGCGGGGUGGUGGCUGUCAUGGUGCUAGUGGGCAUUUUCACCAAGCUGGGGCUAGAGAAGGCUCACCGACCCCAGCGGGAGCACAUGUCCAGGGCUCUUGCUGAUGUUAUGAGACCACAGGGCCACUGCACAACAGACCACAUGGAAAGAGACCUUAACAUUGUCGUUCAUGUCCAGCAUUACGAAAACAUGGAUACAAGAGCCCCUGUAAAUAAUUUACGUAAGUACAGCUGUUGGAAUGCCGAGGUUGAUGACUUUGAGCGCUAUGAAGAACUGAUCCUGCCGGUCCAGGUCCUGCCAGGGCGCCUUGGAACAGUGGUACUUGAUGAAGGGGAAGCAGCCCGUGUGCAGAACGUGGUAGUUGGCUCCCUCUACUGCCCAGUUGAAGUGGGAGAGGCCGAACUAGUCAUUGCGCACGGCGCUGGGCUCCCUGAGGUCGCUCACACUUCCAGCCAUCGCCAGGAUGCAGUUAAAUAG